CGCAAUUUAAUUGAUCCUAUCUGGUCUGUAGACAUCUAGCUUGUCACUUUCAUAUUACGAAAUACCACACAUGACUACUGCUACCCACACAGAGAUUGAGAAGGCGCGAGCUCGAGAACGGGCUGGGUACAAUGUAGAAGCAGCACCCUUUUAUCCAGGAGCGUACGUAGGCACUAAUAAUACUUUUGGAUCCACUGACACGGCUGGUCCGAGUUCUAUUGGCUCUGCCGGUACUAUGGGUACCAUACGUUCAAUAGGGUCAAUGGGGCCGGGGAAUGAUUUGGACACAAUGAGGGUCGCAGGUACAUCAGGACUUCAUCCUCCAGUUACCGGUGGGUGGUAUCAACCUUACCCCGCCUUGGUCAAUCCAAUGGCAGCUCUGGAUUGCAAUGUGAAAAUUUCAAACAUCCCUCCCAAAUCUCCAGAAUUUCUUGAGCUCUUGGAUUCGAUCAUUGACUCGAUCGUGGAAGAUGUAGAUCGAGAGGCUCCUGAUGGUAUAUCAGGUUUAGAUCCUGAGUAUCUGUUGGUUACAUUUGACGAAGAAGUGCCCACUGAUGAUGAUGAGAAUGAUGAGAAUCUUGAGGACGACUCUACCGAUUCUAAGACAAGUUCACUAUGGGUAGCCAUAGUUCGGGUUGAUUGGGCGCUUGCUUUCAAGCUUGUGGAGUACCUCCAUGGCUAUGAGUGGGAGGGUAAAUCAUUGGAGGCCCGCAUGGAGGAACAUGAACCUGCCAUGUCUAUAGCUGGACCGGGUACCCAUCUCUUCCCUCCUUCAAUUGGCUCGGGUACUGAUUCUGUACCACCUACGGGCCCCCCCUCGUUUGAUUCAUCGUUUGAUUCUUCAAGUUCUACCGCUUCAUCGUCUUUCUAUAACCCAUAUAUUCCAGGAUAUUAUCCCUACAUGGCGCCACCUCCACUAGGUCUGAUGGCGGGAACAGGUGGCCCUCCACCUCCACCUCCUCCCCAUAACCAUCACAAUCACCAUCAACAUCGCCAUCUCAGCUGGCCUGAGAAUGGCUGGGGUGGUCAACAUCGACAUCAACCACUUCAAUAUCAUACCCAUCAUCAAUACCAGCACUUUCCUAAUCGUCUGGGACUGUACCGUGGACGCCCAGGGAGUCGCCUGUUUGAUUUCACUUCUAUCUCUAGAAGGUCCACCCCCCGGUCAUCAAGUCUAACCUCUUCUUCGGCUGCUGGUUUGCCUCCCUUCAUACUAAAUUUAGUCAAUGGCUCUAAAUCUGAUAGUAAAAGUACGUCACCUCAUUCUAUUUCUCGAUCUCAGAGCCCAGAAAGACGAGGUACUGGUGCCUCUGCUGCCUCUGGUGAUAAUGUUAAUGAGAGUGCUAUUACCAUCCCUUCAGAAGAUGGGACACCGGUCAAAGUAAAUCCUCGCCGUCUAUUUGUAGGGAACAUUCCAUUCACUUCAACAUGGCCAGCCCUAAAAAACUUCCUUCUUUCACGAGCUGAAGAAAUCGAACCAGAUAAUGAUAUUGAGAUCCUUAGAGUCGAGAUUCCCAUGCAACCACUGAAUAGUAGACAGCCUGAUUUUGGAAUUGUGGGUCCCAAUCAACCACAUAUGAAUAACGGUAAUGGAAUUAUGGGAGGAAAUACUAAUGGAGGAAUUGGGGGGCGAGGUAUGAGUAGGGGCUUUGCUAUAGUAACUACUGCAAACCAAACAUCUUCGGAGAAACUAAUUGCAUUCUUCGAUGAUGUUGAAUUUGAAGGAAGGAAGCUCACAGUAAGGUUUGAUAAGUUUCCAGAUUUUAAUAACUAUCUACUCCAACAACUUUACCCGUACUCUAAGGCACCUUUAUAUGGUUAUGGACAAGGAUAUGGUAAUGGGCAGUUACAGCCGCAACAUUCUUCCCCUCUGCUUCAUUCAGGUCAUCAACUUUCCAAAUCGGUGGUUCUUAGUAAUCUUGCCUUUGAACGAAAUCUGUUCCAACGGAAGUUUUAUUACGGAGGUGGUUCUUAUCUGCCUCAGCAAUCUUUCCAGCACCAGUAUCAACAACUGUUUUACCCUCCACACCAACAACAUGGUCCUCAUCCAUCUCUGCUGCAACCUAUUCAUGCGUAUCCUUCACAAUACGUUCAAGGGAUGUAUAAUCCAAUUUCUUCAGUAGCUCCGCCGCCAAUACCAGUUUCUUCAUUCCCUGUUCCAGAACAAGAUGCAAAUAAGUGGAGAGACCACGAGGCCCAUUCGGAUGAACGGUCCGAGGGAACGGGCACUGAUAUCACAGAUGAAGCUCCUGAUGAAGAACAUCUAUCUGAAUCUGUUACUUCAAAUUCUAAUCUGCAAUCACUUUCUUCUACUGUCCCUUUGAAUAAGAAAGAAUUCGAAGAAACUUUAAAGACACAAGAAAAUAAUGUUUCAAGAAAUACAGCUCCGGAAGAUGAUAGAAAUGAUGAUGAACGAGCUCGGGAGUUGGUGAAUUCAUUCAUCUCCAUGGGCCUAUCUUCUUAGAUAUAUAGUUUCAUAUAUAUUAUUUCACAAUUGUUGGUACAUGUAAAGGAUUAUUGCUAGAGUAAGCUUACUUAGACCUACAGCGAAAACAAAGGUAGUUAUUAAAAAAGCGUUCAU